GACGUCUAUCCUGCCCGCUGCCGCGAUCACGUCUGAAUAUUAUGCUGCGGCGAAGGAGUCAGAUAUCAUCGCAAAUCGCUAAUGAUAAAUGCUAAAUUACACAAUCGCUAAUUCGUAUACAGUGACAGUGACUAUACCUAUAAUAAUAACAUACGAUUUCGAAUCGAUGCGUAACUUAUGUGUACAAUUUGUAAUAUUAUGUUUGACUUGGGUAGCGUGUAAUACCUAGAAAAUCGCGUUCCGUACUUACAAGUGUCUACCCGUCUUCUACCGUUAAUAUUCACCGUUGUAAUUGCCCUCUUUUUUUCUGCUGUACAUUAUGUUUUCAGGAUUAAAUAGUAUUACGUAUUUGUCAGCGAGAAAAAAAAAAUCACCUUGAUUGAUCGAUAUGUAUCAUCAACAUGAUGUUAUAAAUUAUUCACAUGUUUUCGACAACAAAUAAUUUCUCCUCAUUGUUGGCUGUACCUGUGGCUGUUGAUCUGUCCUCAGUAUCCUCCAAAGUCCAAGUCUUGUAAUAGUUUGACAUCAAAUAUUCAAAACAAUAGCUAUCAUGAGUCUCUGUAAUUUGUUGAGGGUUCCACCCAUAUUCAUUAUGGACGAACUCUUCAAAACUAGUUUUGGGUUUCCAGAUUUGGCAGAUAUAAUAUUCCCAGCAAAUAAUGACUUUGUAAAUAGCACACUCAGUCAAAUUGAGAUCGGCGAGUCCGCACAAUAUUACAAGGCCAUAUUUCUAUCCUUCAUAAAAAUAAUAGUAUCCUGUUUGAUAUUUUGUUCAUCGUCAUGUUUAUUUGUUCUACCUGCCAGAUACUUAUAUAUGGUGUACUUUCAUCUAGUUUCUGUCUGUAUUGUACUUCUUUCUUAUUGGGCUAACAUACAAACACUGAAAGUUGUAUACGGAAAAUAUGAAAACUUUGAAACUAACCCGUUUGAUAAAGAUAUACCAUGGAAUGUAGACGGAUUUUUAUAUCUUUUUACAGAAUUACAAGCCGCACAUUUCCUAUACCUUUUAUUCCGCAAUUUAAUCCUACAGUGUAUUCUAUCACUAGUAUUUGACUUUUUACAAGUGUUUACUACAAAUCAAUCAAUCCAUAAAAUUUUCAGCUUUAGCUUUACUAUUCCUAUGUUAGUUGCAUUUUUACCCGGUACAUGGAGACAUGGAUUUUUGAACACAAUAACGGUGCUAUCAACGUUGUUGCCAUUGUUUAUUAUGCUGAAAACAUUGUGGUUAAAUCUAUUUACAAUCACAAAUUUAAUUCGUAAUGGAUACAGUCGUACACGAGAAACUAUAAAUAAUUAUGGAAUAUCUGCUCUGGUUGAAGUAGAAUGGACUCGUCUCAAAAUUCCAAGUGUUCUACGAAUAUUUUGGGCUAUACGAGUACUGGAACAAAUUCUAUAUCUAUUAACUGAUAUAGAAAUACAAAAUGAAACUUUGUUUGGAGCUGUGAAAUAUUUGCUAGUUAAAGGAUGCGACACAUUUACGGCAGUUUUAGGAAUGACAAGUUUUGUAUCAUACUUUUGUCAUUAUAUAGGAGCAUUCUUCCAAUGGGUGCUGUUAACUGAUGAUGUGGACGACAAAAGCAUCGGAACCAUUUCUGCAGUAUUAUUUUAUAUACUAGCUCUGCAGACUGGACUAACAGGUUUAGAUCCAGAAAAGCGCUUUAUAAGGCUGUAUCGUAAUGUUUGUUUACUUUGUGCUGCCUUACUGCAUUACAUCCAUAAUGUAGUUAAUCCAUUAUUAAUGUCUUUGAGUGCUUCUCAUAACCCUUCACUUAAUAGACAUUUAAGAGCUCUUUUAGUGUGUGGAUUUCUCAUAGUGUUUCCUAUCACUAUGUUGACUUACUUGUGGUCUCAUCAUUCAGUUAGUACAUGGCUUUUGGCAGUUUCAUCAUUCAAUAUUGAAAUCAUUAUAAAAGUGUUGGUAUCAUUAGCUGUCUAUUCAUUGUUCUUAAUUGAUGCUUAUCGCACAACCUUUUGGGAAAAACUAGAUGAUUAUGUAUACUAUAUCAAAUCAUUUGGCAAUACGGUGGAAUUCUGUUUUGGAAUAUUUCUUUUUCUGAAUGGUGUUUAUAUUAUGGCUUUUGUAUCUGGUGGUGCAGUCCGUGCAUCUAUGAUGUGUAUACAUGCAUAUUUCAACAUAUGGUGUGACGCUAGGGAUGGAUGGAGAGUAUUUAUUAAACGCCGUACAGCUGUGAAAAAAAUUGAAUCCUUACCAGAAGCAACUAGCGUUCAAUUGUCUGAAUUAGAUGAUGUCUGUGCCAUAUGUUAUCAAAAUAUGGGAUCAGCAAAAAUUACUAAAUGCAAUCAUUAUUUCCACGGUGUAUGUCUUCGUAAAUGGCUCUAUGUACAGGAUCGAUGUCCAUUGUGUCAUGAUAUUUUAUACAAGGCAGAAACGUCAAAUGUCCAAACACAAGAUACAAACCACUUUCAAGAUCUUCAAAAUGUUAUUGAUGCUGAUAAUUCUUAGUUAUUUUUAACUGAUUAGAUUUUAUCAUAAACUUCUACCCAAUAUAUGUUGACAAUUUUAGAAUAAUAAUCAAAAUAUUUGAUUUUUUACGCUGCACAUGUUUACUGUAAAAAGUAGCUUUAAAUUUUAUAAACUAUCAAUUAUACCUAAACAAAUUGAUACAUAUUAAACCUUUUAGAAUUUUAAAUAGAAAAUAAUGGUUAAAAUAUUUUAUUAUUACUCAAAUGAGUAUAGUAUGUUAUACGUAUGUUACAUUUGCUGUAUGUACUUUAAAUAUUUGUAAAUUGUAUACCGCACUUGUUUAAUGUAAAGCUUAUUAACUGUAUUGAUUUAUUUUCUAUAAUUAUUUUAAUCAUCACAUAUGUAUAUGUUGUAUAGUUGUAUUUACUAAACCUAAUAUAUUUUAGAUAAUACAAUUAGAGUUAAUUGAAAUACCUCAUA